GACUUUUUUGAGGCGCAGUCAGUCCCGAUGUCGACCAGCCAAGAGACCAGACAAGGCAACGAUGCGGUAUAUAUUUUAUUUCGUUCCGCGGUUCUGCCCCAUAAUCCAAGUACCGGGAUUCAAGAAUUAAAUCAAGAGUACGGAGUACAGACAAGACAGUGGGAAGGUGAGCUGUUGAAAUCUUGUCUAUCCUACUUCGACGUGACAUGCAUGAUUGCUGUUUGCUUUUUGAUACUCCCCAAACUCUGUUACAUGUCAGAUACGGGUCGGACGAGUUUCAGGUAGCAAGCCAGCCGCUGGUUUACCAAUCCCCGUCCAUUACCAAACAUCGCCAUCGCUCAUCGCCGUUACCGUCGCCUCCUCCGUCGCCAUUCGGUCGGUCCCCAGGCACCUUCGCGGUUAGUAACUUAGCAUCAACAACGUCAAAAGUCCCCGUUGUAUUCGGUCCGGCAUCUGAAAUAUCUUUCCGCUUCUUCUUGGUAUCCUAUCCACUCUUCCAGCACAAGACGCGUUUGCCCAGUUGCAUAAUUGACGGUGUCGGGAGUUGCCAAAUCGUCAUCAGUUCGUCCCGCGUUAAUGGCGGAUCUAGGUCCUUCGACUUCAGCUCCAGCUGCUCAGCCCAGUUCGACCGACCCGGCCAUCCAACCAACCAACCCGCCAGCUGGCCAGCCCAUGCCUCGUCCAUCUCCACUACUACUGGUAAGUAAAUGGGGGUGUUGACGAUGCUGAUGCGUAUUCGAGCAGCAUCUUUCGCCACUAGCUACGAGUAC